AUGGAUUCUCGAAAGAUAAUAUUAUUAAUUUUUGUUUUAUUCGUUGUUGUUAAUUGUCAAUUGGAUUCUAAACAAAUAAAAAGUGUUGUUAAUUCAACGAAUGUAAAUGUUAACGAAAAUCGGACUAUUAAUUCAAACAACGCAUCUGUCGUUUUGGGAACAAAUCUUCCGAGUUUGUGUACAAUUUGUUCCUGCGCUUCAAAAUUAGUGAACUGCAGUGAACGAAAUUUGACGAACACAUUCGAGGUUGUACAAUGGCCGAAAACAUCGAUCGAUGAGAUUACAUUUAUAAAAAAUACAUUGGUUCAUAUAAAACCAUUUCCAUCAGUCGUCAUACAAAGAUUGAUACUUCGACAAAAUCAGAUUACGACGAUAGAUAAUAGUGCUUUCAAAAAUAUAGUUAAUCUAACCGAGCUUGAUCUGAGUCAUAAUCAACUCAUCACGGAAAAUUUAAAUCCUCAUGUGUUCGAGGGUAAAUUUUCGCCGGAAGCUUACGAACCGUUAAAUUUGAAAUAUUUAAAUUUAGCUGCUAAUUCGUUACACGCAUUGAAUCAGGAUGUUUUUGAACAUUUAGGAUCCCUUAAAGUGUUGAUACUUGCUAACAAUCCUUUCAAAAUGUUAGCAGGUCAUACGACUUUAGCUAUCAGUAGUCUACCAUAUUUGGAAGAACUUGAUUUGAGUUAUUGCGAAUUGAAUCAAUUACCUGAAUAUAUUUUUUAUAAACCCAGAUACUUAGAGAAAUUGCACUUGAAUGGAAAUCAUUUUACCGAAAUACCAAAAGCCUUGUCCAUGGCGUCAGCUUUAGAAGUUUUGAAUCUUGACGAAAUUCCAAUUGAAACAUUGAACGAACAUAAUGGAUUUCCUGAAAUGAAAAAUCUCAAAGAAUUAAAUAUGUGUUGUAUGCCAAAUUUAAUUGAAAUUGGUAAUGGUUCGUUCGGUAAAUUAUCGAGUUUGGAAAUUCUUCAUAUACAAAAUUGUCCGUUGUUGAAACACAUCGAUGGAAACGCUUUGACCAAGCGUGAACAUGGAAUGACCGUGUGGCCGCCUUUGAAGAUUCUCGAUUUAUCGGAUAACGCCCUACGAUAUUUACCGUCGCAACUCGUAGAAAGUUGGGACAAGCUCAAAGAAUUGGAUCUGAUGAACAACGAAUGGAGCUGCGAUUGCGAUAAUCAAUAUCUGAUUGGUACUUUGUUACCCAAACAUGGAAAAAGAUUGAUGGGAGAGGAGGUUAACGAAAUGAAAUGCAGUAAAACGUCCGAAUAUGCAGAAGUAAAUCUAACAUCGUUGUCAAAUACAAAAUUGCCCUGUAAUAGCAAAGUUGGUGUAUUGCACAUAGGAGUUGUUAUUGGAUUAUUGUUCAUUAUUUUGAUUAGUUUGGCAAUAAUUAUUCUUUAUCAACGUGGAUAUUUCGUGGCAUGUUGCGGAAGAGGUGCAGCAACGUAUUCACGUGCAUUUUACAAACGCACAUCUGCCGAUUACGAUAUUUAA